AAUUGGAAACAGAAAACAAUAAGCCGGAAAAGAUAAGGAAAGGGUCAAAGGGCGCUUAUCCCAUUGGAUUGUCGAUUCCUUCCUUGGUGCCACGGCUACCAACCAUUCUCUCACCAGUCAUCGCCAAACUUAAACAGAGAAGUUCUAACUUCUAAGAUCUUUGAAGCUAUGGAGCUAGUUCAGUUCAAGUUCGUCUUUCCACUUUUUUUCGCUGCUUUUCUGCUCAUCCCAUCGAUUCAAGCCAAAGAAGUUCGCUAUUGUGAUAGGAAAGGUAAUUAUGCCGUUGCAGUGUCUGAAGUUGAGAUGUCUCCAGACCCUGUGGUGAGAGGCCAGCCUGCUACCUUCAGCAUCAUGGCAUCUACAGAUGAAGCUAUCUCUGGUGGGAAUGUAGUUAUUGAUGUUUCUUACUUUGGGGUGCACAUCCACAAGGAGACCCAUGACCUUUGUGAGGAAACAUCAUGCCCGAUUUCAGCAGGAGAUUUUGUGCUUUCUCACUCACAAGUCUUACCAGGAUACACUCCACCGGGUUCCUACACACUGAAGAUGAUAAUGAAUAAUGCUGAAGGGAAUGAGUUGACUUGUGUUAGCUUUGAUUUCCGCAUCGGGAUAGGUUCAUCAGUGGCUGAUAUCUAAGUGCUGUAGGAUGGUCUGAAAUCAUCACCUGUUAGGUCAAUAUUGUAAAAAAAGAAGGAUAAAAAAAAAGAGAUAAAACUCCAGUUGGCUUUUAUGUUGAUGCAGGAACUGUACUGUGACUUUGUAUUUGAAUUUGGGUUCCAUAAUCAUUCCAUUUUGGGAUGCGAUUCCAGCUGUAUGAGAUCAUUAUUGUUGUCAUUUUAAUACUUCUAAAAAGCUAAAGGAACUGUUAUCUGA